AUGGAUGAGCACAAAGAGUCUUUAGGUUUGACCAGCAGAAUAUACGCGACUCGGUCCGCUGAAGACGGCCUGGCUCAUGUUGACUUGAAUAGAAAUGUUGAGGCUCUCAUCGAAAAUCCACUUGCGCACCUUACGCCCGAGCAACUCCUACGAGACGUCCGUGACUUCGCCCGCGCGAAUCAUCUCGAGGAGCAUGUUGAACUAUUGAAAAAGGGCGCACAGGUUGCCAAGGAUCCAAGAUUUUACGAGGCGAUACGAGGGAUAACGGAGACUGAAAAGCAAGCGCUGCGAGACGAGGAAUAUCGUCGAUUCAAGCAGCCAAUAGCACUAUACCUUACAAUCAUCACUUGCUCUGUCGGUGCUGCGGUACAGGGAUGGGACCAGACAGGGUCGAAUGGAGCCAACCUCGACUGGCCGAACGUCUUUGGCCUCGACACCACAGCAGGCAGCAGCAGCAGAGGCGCUUGGUUAUUUGGGCUGGUCAAUGCGGCUCCCUACUUUGCGGCUGCAUUCAUAGGCUGUUGGUUUUCUCAUCCAUUGAACCAUCGCUCUGCAUUCACCCAAACGUGGCAACAGCUGUUUGCCUGUCGUUUGUUACUCGGUAUUGGGAUUGGGACCAAGGCAUCAACAAUUCCGGUGUUUGCUGCUGAGAAUUCGCCUGCUUCCAUUAGAGGGAGCUUAGUCAUGGGCUGGCAACUAUGGGUCUCCUUUGGAAUCUUCAUGGGCUCGUCUGCCAAUCUGGCAGUGUACCAAGUUGGAAAGAUCGCGUGGCGGUUACAGCUCGGGUCUGCGUUCAUUCCGGCGGUUCCAUUACUCAUUGGAAUAUAUCUAUGCCCCGAAUCGCCUCGUUGGUACAUCAAAAAACAUCGCUACAAUGAUGCUUUUCGAUCCCUCCAACGCCUCCGAAAUACUCCCCUUCAGGCCGCUCGCGAUCUAUACUACAUACAUGCUCAGGUGAGACUCGAGGAGAUCAUGCUAGGAGAUGGAGACAUCCAGAAGAUGAACCUCGAAAAUGGUAAAGAGCACUUCACCAACAGGGGUAGAUAUCUGGCUCGAUUCGUACAACUGUUUACCAUUGCCCGAGUAAGGCGUGCGACAUUGGCUGCUUUCGUAGUCAUGAUCGCGCAGCAAAUGUGUGGAAGUGAGCUCACUAGCUCUCAUGAUACCUCUACGAAAAUUACUAACAUCGCGGUAGUUAACAUCAUGGCUUUCUACGCAACCACCCUCUUCAAAGACGCACAUGCGACAGUCCGGACAAUCGACACGUUCGGGCGCCGUGCUCUGCUACUCGUCACCUUCCCCAAUAUGGCCUGGACUCUGCUGGCCGCCGCAUUCUGCUUCAAGAUACCAAACAAGAGCCCCGCGCAUCUACCUGUACUCGCGCUUUUCAUUUACCUUUUCACUGCCUUCUAUUCGCCUGGUGAGGGGCCGGUUCCCUUCACCUACUCCGCCGAAGCGUUUCCUCUGUUCCAUCGCGGUACGAGAGACAUCUCCCCCUUCAGUCAUGUUCCUACUAACUGGAACUAG